GGGCGGGUCUUUGACGAGCGGGAGCGCGCAUAUGCGCGUGCCCGGCGCAACCCAUCCCCCACGCGGAGCUUUUUUAAGCCCCAAGGUCACGUGAUCCCCGCCGAGCGCAGGAAUGGUACCGGGAGAAGAUGGCGGAUCCCGAGGAGCUGAGGAAUAUGGUGUCCAGUUUCCGAGUGUCAGAACUCCAGGUGUUGUUGGGCUUUGCGGGACGCAACAAAAGCGGUCGCAAGCACGAUCUUCUCAUGAGGGCCCUUCACUUGCUGAAGAAUGGCUGCAGUCCCGCUGUUCAGAUUAAAAUCAAGGAGCUGUACCGGAGGAGGUUCCCCCGGACAUUAGACGGCGUCCCGGGCCUGAGAUCUAAUGUCUUCAACCUGGACAGUAAUUCUUCGGUGGACUCUGAUCUCACUGGUAUCCACUCGCUACCUUCAACCUCUGUAAUGCCUCACUCUCCACAAUCCCCACUAGGAAUGGUACUCCUGCAGGACACCAAACCUCAAUUUGACAUCCAGCAGCUCUCGCCUCCAAUCCCACCUGUUCACCCGGAUGUCCAUCUCAAAAGUCUUCCCUUCUAUGAUGUUCUCGAUAUCCUCAUCAAGCCCACCAGCUUGGUCCAGAACAGCCUGCAACGAUUUCAGGAGAAAUUCUUCAUCUUUGCCCUGACACCUCAGCAAGUGCGAGAGAUCUGUAUCUCCAGGGAUUACAUGCCUGGAGGUAGGAGAGACUAUUCAGUGCAGGUCCAGCUGAGGUUGUGCUUGGCAGAGACAAGCUGUCCUCAGGAGGACAACUUUCCCAGCAGUCUCUGCAUUAAGGUCAAUGGGAAACUAUUUCCUUUGCCGGGAAGUGCUCCACCACCCAAAAAUGGCGUUGAACAAAAACGACCUGGCCGCCCGCUAAACAUCACAUCUCUGGUGCGACUGUCAUCUGCUGUGCCCAACCAGGUCUCCAUCUCUUGGGCUUCUGAAAUCGGAAAGAACUACUCGAUGUCCGUGUAUUUGGUAAGACAGCUGACCUCUGCAGUGCUGUUACAGAAACUGAAGAUGAAAGGCAUCAGAAAUCCGGACCAUUCCAGAGCACUCAUAAAGGAGAAGCUGACUGCAGAUCCAGACAGUGAGAUUGCCACCACCAGCCUGCGUGUCUCAUUGAUGUGCCCUCUUGGGAAGAUGAGACUAACGCUUCCUUGCCGAGCAGUCACCUGCACACACCUGCAAUGCUUCGAUGCCGCCCUCUACCUGCAGAUGAAUGAGAAGAAGCCCACCUGGAUUUGCCCUGUGUGUGAUAAGAAAGCCAGCUAUGAAAGUCUCAUAUUAGAUGGGCUUUUCAUGGAGAUUCUAAACCAGUGCUCAGACGUGGACGAGAUUCAGUUUCAGGAGGAUGGAUCUUGGUGCCCCAUGAGACCCAAAAAAGAGCCGCUGACCUCCCCAAGCUCCCAGUAUCCACACAUUGAAGGGUCUGGUCUUCUCAGUAAGAUGUACACAAUAAUAGAGCCCACCGAGACAAAAAGUAAGAACAAGGCGGAGGUCAUAGACCUGACCAUUGAGAGCUCUUCAGAAGACGAGGAAGAACCAACAGCAAAAAAGAAAUGUCUUUACAUGUCGGAGACACCCAUGCCUCAAACAAAGGGGGUGUUAACAUAUCAUCCAUCAACUAUAAGAAUGGGCAAAGUUGGUGGCCUGGAGACAGACUCUCUGCAUUCCUCAAUGGUGGAGUAUUCAGAUCCCUUCCGUCACCCUGCCAUCGGUGGACUCCCUGCAGACCUCUCAGAUCUGGACUUUCUCCCUUUAGCUCCCGUUCCUUCUCAGCAGUACUAUCACCCUAUGUUUUUGGAUAGUCUCAAGUCGGCUCUCCAAGCCAGGUCCACUCAUGGCAAAGCCAAAACCUCGAACAGCCCCCUUGAAGAGCACAGCAGCGACGAGUCAGGUGAGAGGAACGUCAUACAGGGGCCGAAGCCGCUCUGACCAGACCCAAGCCCAUCUCCAUGCCUCCAAAAAAAACACUUAUUUAUUGAUUUUUGUGUACAGAAAAGAGACUUUGAAGAGUGAUCUAUAUAUUAUUAUUAUUAUUUGCUGUUUGGAGCCAGCGCGGUUCGGAUAGAAUUAGAUUUAGGUGGAUUCCGCCACCGUUGAUUUUGUUUUAUGAUCUGCGAGUUGCACAUUGUUAGAUUAUGUAAAUAUCUUGCACUAAAUAGAAAUUCGGUGUAAAUAAGUAUUUUUAUAAAAAUAUUCCUCCCAAAA